AACAGUCACAAGCUCGUAAGUUAGCUUCGUCUUGUGCGACAAUUCAUCAAAUUGUGCUGCUCCAGGUCACAGUCAAGUCGUACAAGCCCAUGUUCGAUGAUCGGCAUGAAGACCACUCACAAGAAAUCCGUUUGGAAUUACAGUUGCUGUCAUGCCUUCCUCAUCACGACAACGUGGUUCCAUUCUUGGGCUUUAAGAAGAACGGAGCGUCUCUUUCUCUGGUCAUGCCGUGGAUGUCAGACGGCACUCUCACUUCGUUUAUUUGCACUCAUGGAGCAGCCCUUGGAACAGCUGCUAGUACAACGCUUUCGCACGACAUUUCCUCUGGCCUCGAACACCUUCAUUCAAACCUUGUGGUUCACGGAAAUCUAGAGAGUGACAACGUACUCAUUACUGAGCAACACAGCGCUGUCCUCUCUGGCUUUCGCCAGUCAGUGAUGCUUUCUUCAAGGGAUGCUGCAUGUCCUUCAUCUCAGAUGCCGCCCAAGCCCGCAAUCCGAUUCGCUGGUCCGGAGUGGUUCGUGAAAGACGAUAAAAGAUUUCAACCUCUUUCCAAAAGUCUUCUUAAAAGCGAUAUAUUCUCCCUCGGCUGUCUCGUCUUCUACAUAUUUACAAAAUGCAUGCCUUGGGACGAUGCAACAUCCAUGGAUAUUUCCAACCAGCUCCGGGAAUGCAAGCCGCCGCCCCGGCCAAAGGAUCCGGUGGUCGAUAAUCGCCAAUGGGCGCUGAUAGAACCAUGUUUGUCACUGUUACCAAAAGAUCGACCUUCCGCAUUGGAUGUCUUGAGAGACAUCAAACAGUAUCUUGUUUUCAUUGGCCCUCCCGAUCUUACUGAACAGAUCAAAAUGUCGCAACUAUAUCCAAAAGAUGCUGGGGGGUAUGGGCUUGUCUACGAAGGUAUCUGGAUCAGAGAGACUGGGGGUAAAGGAGUCAAGGUUGCCAUUAAGGUGCUGCGUGUUGAGAAUUCAUCAUCAAAAAAAGUGACGGAAGAGAGAUUGAAACGUGAACUUGCGGCUUGGAGAAGACUAUCUCACCCGAAUAUAGUUUCACUAUUGGGCACUAUGACAGGCUUCGGUAGUGUUAAAGGCAUGGUUUCGCUGUGGAUGGAAAAAGGAUCACUCGAUCAUUACUUCAAGUCAGAUACCAGGAAUGACGUACUACCUCGACAGCGUCUUCUCUGGGGUAUUGCUGAAGGGCUGAAGUGUCUUCAUGAGUUUCCCAUGAUUCACGGAGACCUAACACCAUCGAAUGUCUUGAUUGACGAUGAAGGGAGGGCCGUGCUUACUGACUUUGGCCUCUCAGUCAUAUUAGGCGGUGUUCCCAAUUUGUCGUGCACAUACACGGAUGCAAAGCCAGGAACAAUAGCCUGGGCGGCCCCGGAGUUAUUGCUUGACGAAACAUCCCCUAGUGGUAAGGAGGUACAAUCUGAGAGUCCAGGUCCAGAAAGCGACAUGUACUCUUUCGCAUAUCUCAUGUAUCUGAUCUUUACUGGAUCCCACCCGUGGGACUCGGAUAUGAAGGGACGCGGCGCUGGAAUGCGAAUUAUGCUCCGUGCAAGGAAGGGCGAAAGACCUUCCAAACCUGGCAAUAUUGAUGCUCGACAUUGGAGCUUGAUUGAGCAGUGCUGGGCUCAGGUGCCAAGCUCACGUCCAAAAAUCAGCGACGUCUUGCUGCGGUUGUCUUCCGUGCAAAAAUGAUCAAGAGGUCGACAUGUUAUCUUGGUCAGAGUUAAUUUGUAGCUUAGUGGGGAGCCGACUUUGGUUUUUGACCCAAGACAGAGUAUAUAUAUGCAAUCUUAUUUGGAUACCCAUCCGUGUCAUGUACAACCAAUCUGGAACAUGAAUAGUGUCUGGCCCCAAUUGCAAGUGCAUAGAG